UAUGAUGGCAACUUUUGACGUUUUGUUUUGAUAAAUGUUUAUUUUCAAAUUCCUGUAAUUAUAAAAAUAGGAAAAAUGAUUUUAAGUAUAUUUAAACCAUGUAUCCUUUUUACCAUUUUUGUGUAUGGUAGUUUGUCGGUGAUAUUGGAAGCCACAUGCUAUUUUUUGCCUUUUGGGGUACUCCUUUCUGCUUUACUAACUCUCCUAAUAUUUGUUUUCCGAGUUCCUGCCCCUGACAAAGAAACAGUUGAAUUGAUAGUCGGUGAAGAUUUAAGAAAUGAAAAGGAAAAUGGACAGCAGUUAUUAAUGAAAGUGGCAGCACAUCGAGGUGCAGCUUUAGAUGUACCAGAAAACACUCUUAUUGCCUUUAAAGUGUGUGCUGAAAAGGACUGCUUUUUUAUUGAGUUUGAUGUGUCCUUGACAAAAGAUAAUGUUCCUGUUGUAUUUCAUGAUUCUACAUUAGAAAGAAUGGCUGAUAUAGAUAAAGAAAUAUCUGGAAUGACAUGGCAAGAACUCCAAAAAGUAGAUAUUUCUGUAAAGCAUCCAUUCAGAGACCGAUACCCAAAUUGUAAAGUACCUACAUUAGAAGAAACAAUUCAACAGUUACUAAAUUCCAAGCAAAAGAUGUUUAUUGAUAUUAAAGAAAAUAAUUUAAAGAUGGUUGACAUAAUAUUACAGAUGUAUGAAAAGUAUCCUAAGCUUUAUACUAAUGCUGUUGUAUCUUCAUUUUUUCCUAAUGUUAUAUACUUGAUUAGACGAAAGAAUCCAAAAAUAGUGUGUUCGUUAGCUUGGAGACCUUUUAUAUUUUCAUCUACUAGUUAUUCAGCAUUCACUGAAAAAGGUCUAAGAAGGGCUGAACAAUGGUACAAAUAUUAUUUACUUUUAAUUUGUGAUUACCUACACGACUGGUUAUUGUUUAAUAUCACUUAUUACUUUUUGGGCCUAUCCUUAAUAUUGCUCCAUAAGGACGUUAUAAACCCGUAAGUAUAUUUAUUAUUGUAAUUUUUUAUU